UUGUUCAUGCUAUCCUUACUCGGAACCAAAUCUAACAAUAAACUCUAAAAAUCGUAACAUCAAUGUCAUUAUAGUCAUCCAAGAGAAGGAUAAAAUGAAAGGAAAAAUAAAAAUUCUAACAGAGAAUUAAAUAAUAGCAAUUAAAAUGAAAAUCCUCAAAUCAAACUCAUCAUCAUUUAUUCUUAUAUCAACAAUCAUAUCAUUGUGUUGUUUAUCUGAACAACAUAGUGAUAUAGAUUGCAUACACUGGUGUGGAAAUAUUGAAAUCCCUUACCCAUUUGGUAUUGGUCCAGAAACCGCGAACCACUGUUUCUUUGACCAAAACUUUGCUGUCUCUUGUAAUUCAUCCUCCUCUAACCAAUCAAUACCAUACCUAAAGAAACUCAACCUCGAGAUUGUUGAGGUGCGAAACUCAAGCAAAACAGUAAUAGUUAAGCUACCAUCGGUCACUGCGUGUAAUGGUACUGCGACACAUUGGAGCAGUCCUUAUUUGAGAUGGCCUGCCUUUACAUUUGCAGAUUCUAAUGUUUUUGCAUCAGUGGGGUGCCAUGGAUAUGCUUUAUUCUAUAGUGGUACAGGUAACAUGGGAGGAUGCACCUCAGUUUGUGCUAUUGAUCAUCAUCAAAGUUCGACGUUUUCAGCUGAUACGAUGAAUCAAUGUUACGGGCUUCAUCACUGCUGUCAAGUAAAUAUUCCUAUCGAUCAGAGUUAUAAUAUAACUGUGAUUGCCAAAAAUGGAUCAGAGCAUUGCAGGUCAGCCUUUUUGAUAAGUCAAGAAUAUUUAGCAAAUGUUUCAUCCAACUUAACGUCAAUGCCUACCUUUCCGGUGAAUCUUUUUUGGAAUAUCGAACUUCUCUCCGAUCGAGAACUACUAUACAUUGUCCUGCAAAUACUCUUGCCAAUUGUAGGUUCAAUUAUACUGACGUGCUACUUUAUUGGCCAAUGUUGGUGGUGCAAAACCAAAAGAAGAAGAAAGGAAACAAAGCUCAAAAAGAAAUACUUCAAGGGAAAAUUAGAAGAACAAAGGUUAAAACAUGAAGAAGCCGAGAAAACAAGACUCUUCACAAAAAAUGAGUUAAAGAAAGCAACAGACAACUUCAACAAAGAUCGAGUAAUUGGUAAAGGGGGGCAAGGUACGGUGUACAAAGGAAUGCUAAGUGAUGGGAAACUUAUUGCCGUCAAAAGAUCAAGCUCAUUGGGUGAGAGCCAUUGGAAGGAGUUCAUAAACGAGGUAAUUAUUCUUUCACAUAUCAACCAUAGAAAUGUAGUAAAGUUACUUGGAUGUUGCUUGGAAACCAAAAUUCUACAUUUAGUUUACGAGUUUAUCCCCAAUGGCACUCUUUCGGAACUCAUUCAUAGUACUAAUGAAGAAUUUCGAGCAACAUGGGAAUGUCGUCUAAGAAUUGCUUCAGAAGUUGCCGGGGCUAUUGCUUAUCUACAUUCAUCUUCUUCAGCUCCAAUUUAUCAUAGAGACAUAAAAUCCUGUAAUAUACUCUUGGAUCACAAGUACAUUGCCAAAGUUUGUGAUUUUGGCAUUUCAAGAUCUUUAAGUGUGGAUCAAACUCACUUAUCGACUGUUGUAAAAGGGACAUUUGGCUAUCUUGAUCCACAAUACUUCCGUUCAGAGCAGUUCACCGAAAAGAGUGAUGUUUAUAGCUUCGGAGUGGUUUUAUUUGAAAUUUUAACAGGACGAAAGCCAGUUUGCCAGAUUUCGGGUUAUGCUGAGAAUUUGGCAAUACAAUUUGCCGCAACAGAGGAAUCUGGUUUGUAUGAGAUGAUGGAUCCUAUAAUCUUAGAAAGUAGCAAUAUGGCAGAAGACAUAAUGGUAGUUGCAAGUCUUGCAAAGCGUUGUCUGCACCCCGAAGGACCUUUAAGGCCAACCAUGAUGCAAGUCGCCAUGGAACUAUCGUGUUUGAGCAAAAAGGUACAGGCUAAAGUUGCUGCUUCAUCAGAAGGAAACACAUCAAAUCUUAGCCAAGAGUUUUUCUCUACAAAAACCCACUUAGACGAAUCAUGCUCCUCUUGAUGAUUUGUUAUUGUUCUUUAUGGGUGUGUAUUCACAUUGCUGAGCAUAUGUGCCUGCAAUAGUUGUUCUUGUAUCAUCUUGUGUUGCAAAUUAUGCAUUGUAGAAAAUUUAGAAGCGUAAAUGCUUACUGAACCUAUCAACUCAAUUAAUUUCAUCAUCAUGUUGGAUUUUGCGUCUAGCUCUUAGCUCUAUCA